AUGCUGCGGCACGUCCAGCGCGGCAGCACCGUGGUCGACGUCGGCUGGUGCGGGGCGCGGCCGCGCGGCGCGGCGGCGGCGGGGCGGCUGGGGUCCGAUCACGUCGGGUCAUACGCGGUCUUUUUCGCGGCCAAAGUGGGGCCGCGCGGCACAGUACACUGCUUCGAGCCGCAGCGCAAGCUGGCGCAGAUUGCCGUCGCCAACGCCGUCAUCAAUGGGUUUUCUGACGUCAUUAGGGUCCACAACGCCGCGCUCUCCUACACGCCCGCCAAAGCCCACAUGGCUGUCAGGGUCCCUGGAGGCAAGAUCAACAGCCGGAAGGCCAAGCGGGCCAAGGCGAAGCCGCGGUUCUUCAACUACGGGGGCGUGUCGCUGGGCAAGGCGGGGGAGGCUGUCAAGGUCGUCACCCUGGACUCGUUCAAGCUCAAGGACGUGUCGCUCAUAAAGCUCGCGUAG